UCACCAAAAGAACAUGGCAGAAAAAGUCAACUUGUCUUCUCCUUCAUCGAAGAGUGGUCACUGGUGCCAAUAAAGGGAUUGGACUGGAAAUAUGUCGACAAUUGGCCUCCAAUGGGGUAAUGGUGAUAUUAACAGCUAGAGACGAGAAGAGGGGUGGUGAAGCUGCUGAGAAACUCAAAGGAUCUGGCCUGUCUAAUGUAGUUUUCCAUCAGCUUGACGUGAUGGACACAUCCAGUAUCGCUUCCUUGGCAGAUGUUUUGGUCAACAAUGCAGGAGUUAAUGGAGUCAAAGUUUUUGAUCGUGAUGCUUUCAUGUCCAGUCUCCUUGUCGUUGGUGGUAGUGGUGAUGGUGGUGGUAGUAGUGGUGGUACAUACGAUUUGGCAGAAGAAUGCCUGAAAACAAAUUAUUAUGGCACCAAACGAGUCACUGAAGCUCUCAUUCCUCUUCUCCAGCUAUCUAACUCAGCUAGAAUUAUCAACAUUUCCUCCUCCUUCAGAUCAGUUCCAAAUCAUCUGAAACCAGAUAACUAUCUUGUGAUAGGAAUCGAAAUAGGAAUUGAAAUUAGUUGGAACAGAAUUUCAUUUUCUAGGAAAAGGGGUGAAAUGAAUAUCUCCAAUAAAAAGGCCAAACAGGUUUUAAGCGAUGUGGAUAACCUUACAGAAGAGAAGGUAGAUGAAGUAUUGGACGAGUUUCUACGCGAUUUCAAGGAAGACAGCUUAGAAACGAAUGGUUGGCCUGCUAGUGGAUCUGCCUAUAAAGUCUCCAAGAUAGCUAUCAAUGCCUAUACAAGGAUUAUGGCGAAGAGGCUUCCUAAUUUCAAAAUAAACUGUCUGUCCUGGAUAUGUCAAAACCGAUAUGACACAGAACACUGGGGUGUUAACUGCUGA